AUGUCAAACGAGAUAGACUUGAGUAAGGAAAAGAUAAAUGUGCUUGUAGCAUAUACUUCUCAGAAUAGGUACAUUGGAUACGAGGGAGACCUUCCGUGGAAAAGGGAUUUCAAAGGCGACAUGAAGUACGUCACUAAGCUUAUCCGUCUCUAUCCAAAUACUGCUUUGGUUGUGGGAAAAACUACGUAUGAAACCAUCAAGAGAAUCAAGGAUGUGCAAAUAUUAGUUGUUACGUCCUCUGAAGUAGCUGAAGGCAAUGCAAAAUCAUUCAAGACAUUGCCAGAAGCUAUUGACUUUGCCAAGAGUAGUGGAAUGUACGUGAUUGCUUUUGGAGGAUCAAAGAUAUAUGAAGAUGCGAUUAGAAGCUACGACUGUAAAUUGUUCUGCACAGUUGUUGAGGAAAAUAGCCUCAAGGGUGACCGUACAUUUCCAGAGGUGGAUGCUAGACUUGAGAAUGUCUCUUCUAAGGUUGACCAAUUUCUUGUUGACAAGAAGGUAGAAAAGACGUGGGAACUCAAAGACAACUGUUUCUAUGAAAAUGGCUAUGAAUACAGGUUUUAUGUUGGAUAUAAGAUCUAA